CUACCCUGCAAAACAAAUCUAACCGCUAAACAAACUUCAAAGUACAAACGAAAUAUAAAAAAUAAUAAGAAAAUUAUUCCUCGCUGGAAUCGGAGAGGCGAAAUGACUCCAGUUGGUGAAAGCCUUCGGGAAGCCAGUUGGCCGAUGCGUCUUCUCACUCUCGAUGAAAGCGAAAGUAAACAUGGGGACAUGAAAUGUCCGCACCAUGUUUGAACCCAGCAAGGCAGCCCAGAUUGCAAACGAGAUGAAGAGGUAUCACAUUGAAGUGCCUGGAAUUUGCGAAAGCAGAUGGAAUGGGAGUGGACUCUCCAAACUGUCAACUGGAGAAUCAAUAAUCUACUCCGAUAUUGUCACCCAGACGACAACCACGAACACACUGAGUUAUGGAGUGGCUAUCAUGAUAUCCCCAACACCAUCGAAGGCUCUCAUGCAGUGGGAACCAAUCUCCUCCAGGAUCAUGGCAGCAAGAUUCAACUCAAAAGGAAGGAAGGUCACAAUCAUACAAUGCUACACUAUGCACCUACAAAUAAUGCAGAGCAAGAGAAAAAGGAGGAAUUCUACAGACAACUGCAUUCAACACUAAACAAAGCCUCAGUUGGCGAUAUCAAAAUUCUAAUGGGCGACAUGAAUGCCAAACUGGGAGGGGACAACAGAGGAAGAGAACUAACCAUGGGUCGAGAAGCGCUAGGUGAGGUGAUGAACGAGAAUGGAGAAUUGUUUGCAGAAUUCUGCGCAUUCAACGAUUUAGUGAUUGGAGGCAGUGUGUUCAAGCAUAAGGAUAUCCACAAAGCGACAUGGAUUUCACCAGACACACUAAAAAUCAAAUCGACUUUAUCUCAAUCUCAAGAAAGUGGAGACGCAGUCUACUGAACACAAGGUCAAGAAGAGGAGCAGAUGUAGGUUCAGA